ACAAAUCCUCAACCUGAACAAACUCCUCAACAACGGCCACUCCAGUGUCUGAUUUUCUGGGCAACAGGAGCGACGACUCGCCCAGCGAUAGAAACCUCUAGAUCCCGUUUCUCAAUUAACUUUUGAGAGACAGCGCCCAGCGCAAUGGCUCUGUCCGGCCGACUCACCGGUCGAACAUCCGCACUCCUCCGCCAAUGUCGAGCCUCAGCGUCUGCCCCGUGGGCCUUCAGCACCCGGACUUCGACUAGGAGUCUGUUGAUGAAGGCUCAGAGGCCCGUAGAGAAGAGCGCACAGUACCAGAUCCGCCUGUUCUCGAGCUCAAUUCAAAGGGCUGCGCAGCCAGAGCCGGCGGCGACUUCAAACCAGUUUAUGCAGGAUGGCGUCUUGAAGAAGGCCGCGAACCCGAUUGAUCUAAAGAAGGUUUUGGUUAUUGGAUCGGGUGGUUUGAGCAUUGGACAGGCUGGAGAGUUCGAUUACUCAGGCUCACAGGCACUGAAGGCUUUGAAAGAAGCCGGUGUCGCCUCCGUUCUCAUCAACCCGAAUAUUGCCACGAUUCAGACUGCCCACGUGCUCACCGACGAGGUCUACUAUCUACCUGUUACACCCGAAUAUGUAGAAUAUGUUAUCCAGCGCGAGAAGCCGGAUGGAAUCUUCCUCACUUUCGGUGGCCAGACCGCCCUGAACUUGGGUGUCCAGAUGGAGCGCAUGGGCCUUUUCAAGAAGUAUGGAGUCAAGGUUUUGGGAACACCAAUUAAGACCCUCGAGACCAGUGAGGACAGAGACCUCUUCACCCAGGCUCUCGGAGAGAUUAAUAUCCCCGUCGCUCAGUCUGUUGCUGUUGGAACCAUCGAGGAGGCAUUGGAUGCCGCUAAGGUUAUUGGAUACCCCAUCAUCGUCCGCGCUGCCUACGCUUUGGGCGGUCUUGGAUCUGGAUUCGCGCAUAACGAGGAGGAGCUCCGCAACAUGGCCGCAAGAUCCCUGACUCUGUCCCCUCAAAUCUUGGUCGAGAAGUCCCUGAAGGGCUGGAAGGAAGUCGAGUACGAGGUUGUCCGCGACGCCGCCAACAACUGUAUCACUGUCUGCAACAUGGAGAACUUCGAUCCACUUGGCAUUCACACUGGUGACUCCAUUGUCGUCGCGCCUUCCCAGACCCUGAGCGACGAGGAGUACCACAUGCUCCGUUCCGCCGCCAUCAAGAUUGUUCGCCAUCUCGGUGUCGUUGGUGAGUGUAACGUCCAGUACGCUCUGCAGCCAGACGGACUCGACUACAGAGUUAUCGAGGUCAACGCCCGUCUCUCUCGUUCGUCUGCCCUUGCUUCUAAGGCUACCGGUUACCCUCUCGCAUACACUGCUGCCAAGAUUGGUCUCGGCCACACUCUCCCAGAGCUGCCCAACGCAGUCACCAAGACUACCAGCGCCAACUUCGAGCCUUCUUUGGAUUACGUCGUCACCAAGAUUCCCCGUUGGGAUCUGGCCAAGUUCCAGCACGUGAAGCGCGAUAUCGGCUCUGCGAUGAAGUCCGUCGGUGAGGUCAUGGCCAUUGGCCGAACCUUCGAGGAAUCCAUCCAGAAGGCCAUUCGCCAGGUUGACCCCCGCUUCGUCGGUUUCCAGGGUGACAAGUUUGACGAUCUUGACUACGAGCUCCAGAACCCAACUGACCGCCGUUGGUUGGCCGUCGGCCAGGCUAUGCUCCACGAGGGAUACACUGUUGACCGUCUCCACGAACUGACCAAGAUUGACAAGUGGUUCUUGUACAAGCUCCAGAACAUUGUCGACUGCACCCACGAGAUGGAGGACAUUGGGAGCCUCUUUGGCCUGAAGAAGGAUCUCCUCAUGAAGGCUAAGAAGAUGGGUUUCUCCGAUAGGCAGAUAGCCAACGCCGUUGGCAGCACAGAGGACGAGGUUCGCGCUCGCCGCAAGAACUUCGGUAUCAAGCCAUUCGUAAAGAAGAUUGAUACCCUUGCUGCCGAGUUCCCCGCCGAUACCAACUACCUGUACACGACCUACAACGCCACUACCCACGAUGUCACCUUCGAUGACUACGGAACUCUCAUCCUUGGAAGUGGAGUCUACAGAAUUGGUUCUUCCGUCGAGUUCGAUUGGUGCGCUGUGAGCGCUACACUUGCACUCAAGGAGAUGGGCAAGAAGACGGUCAUGAUCAACUAUAACCCAGAGACUUACAGCACAGAUUUCGACACAGCUGAUAAGCUUUAUUUCGAAGAAUUGAGCUAUGAGCGCGUCAUGGACAUUUACGAGCUCGAGGGCGCUACCGGCGUCGUCGUGUCCGUGGGCGGCCAGCUUCCCCAGAACAUCGCUCUCCGCCUGCAAGAGUCUGGCAAAGCUAACAUUCUGGGAACUGAUCCCAAGGAUAUUGACAAGGCUGAGGAUCGUCAAAAGUUCUCUGAGAUUCUUGACAGCAUUGGUGUCGACCAGCCCGCGUGGAAGGAACUUACCUCGGUUGCCGAUGCUGAGGCCUUCGCCGAUGAGGUCUCAUACCCCGUCCUUGUCCGCCCUAGUUACGUCCUGUCCGGUGCUGCCAUGACUGUCAUCCGCAGCAAGGAUGAGCUGAAGGACAAGCUUGAGGCCGCCUCCAACGUGUCACCUGACCACCCAGUUGUCAUCACCAAGUUCAUCGAGGGUGCCGAGGAGAUUGAUGUUGACGCCGUUGCAUCCGAUGGCAAGCUUAUUAUACACGCCGUGUCUGAGCACGUUGAGCAAGCUGGUGUCCACUCUGGUGACGCCACUCUUGUCCUUCCCCCCGCAAACAUCGAUCAAGCCACCAUGGACCGCGUCAAGGAGAUUGCCAUCAAGGUUGCCAAGGCCUGGUCUAUCACUGGUCCCUUCAAUAUGCAAAUCAUCAAGGCACAAGACCCAGAGGGUGGUGAGCCAGCUCUUAAGGUUAUCGAGUGCAACCUCCGCGCUUCCCGUUCGUUCCCAUUCGUCUCUAAGGUCCUCGGUGUUAACUUCAUCGAUGUCGCCACCAAGGCUCUUGUCGGCCGUGAUGUCCCAGAGCCGCAAGAUCUGAUGGCUGUCAAGCGUGACUAUCUCGCCACUAAGGUUCCUCAAUUCUCCUGGACCCGUCUUGCCGGCGCCGACCCCUUCUUGGGCGUCGAGAUGUCGUCUACCGGUGAAAUCGCCUGCUUCGGUAAGGACCUUGUCGAGGCCUACUGGGCUUCCCUGCAAUCCACCAUGAACUUCCGCAUGCCAGAGCCAGGAGAGGGUCUCCUCUUUGGUGGUGACAUCACCAAGGACAAGAAUGCUCUCGUUACUAUCGUCGACUACCUGUCUCCUCUGGGCUACAAGCUGUUCGCCGCCGAAGAUCACGUCAAGUCCUUCAUCGAGAAGAACGCCAAGAACGAUGUAUCCGUCGAGGUCAUUGAGUUCCCCGUUGAGGACAAGCGUGAGCUGCGCAAGGUGUUCGAGAAGUACGAUAUCCGAGGUGUUUUCAACAUCGCAUUGGCCAGGGGCAAGACGACACAGGAUGUGGACUACGUCAUGAGGAGGAACGCCGUCGACUUCGGCGUGCCGUUGUUCAUGGAGCCAAAGACCGCUGAGCUCUUCGCCCGCUGCAUGAGCGAGAAGCUUCCUCGCAAGGAGGGCAUUCCAGGGGAGGUGCGCAGAUGGUCUGAUUUCAUUGGUGGCAAGCCUCUGUAAAUCAGUCGUUUCCACGUCAGAAAGUGCAGUGUUAAAAGGUUGAAAGUCAACGGCGAAAAUGUAUAGUACUAAGCCAGAGAGUCGAGGAUAGCACGCAAGCCUUUCGUAUUAUGAGAUAGAGCAACGUAUCUCAGAUAUUUGGGUUGAAAAGUUGGCGAUAUAUGAAGAUGGGGAGUCUAUGGGGAUGGGAGAGGGGCGGAGGUGGAGGAUAUAGGGUUGGGAGUUUGGAAGGCUUAGUAGGCAAUUGAUGCAUACAGUUUGAUUUUUGAUAUAUUUCUUGUGCCAUUUAACAUCUCGACUCAUUGCUAUAUCUACUUCGAUGCCCUCUAACUCAAAACUUGUUCUUGUUGACAAAACUAUGUAUCGUCUCUGCUCCAAUCCUUCGCCGUCAGCAGCCCGGUAUUGGCAUAACACUGACUAUCUCCUCCCACAAAGAACUUCUGGUCCACCAUGGAGCAAAGCGCGACGCCAAUCUCAUAGGGACACGGAGUUAUGUAUAGUAUUUUGCCAGACCAUCGGACUUUGUUAUUUCAUUGGAAUGUAGCCAAUAAUACUUGGCACAAUGGAUGGUACCCCUUCCUUGCCAAAGAUUUCUCUGGCUUGGGACACGGAAGUUGGUGUAGCUGGUCAUUCUGGCAUUGCAGGUACAGUAUCUUCAUGAUACCUUUUGCAUUUCCCUUCUGUCUCACUCUCAAAGAUAGUUUCCACGUCGAACUUGAACACUUCGUUCCUAAUCAUGCUUAGAGGACGCCAAGUUGCCCAUCCAGGAUGCUCCAUAUAGUCGUAUUCUCGUCCUUAGCCCCUCUACUUUCCGCCUCCUGCAGCCAUAUAUCUCCACCACUGCUGUCUCCCUUCCCAGUCUUCCGGGCGCUAUACCCCAGCAUCUGGUCCAACCUAUCCAGAGCUUUCUUCGCUUCCUCUAAAGCUGUUUUCCCUUCAUCAACGUUCACGCACACAGCUUCCAUUGUAUCUAUACUCGACGCCUGGGCGGCAUAUGUCCAUUCCUCAGCUCUAUGGCUAACGUCAGGGCUCUCUUUAACAGCCAUGUUAACUUCCUCGGCAAAGGUCCCGGUGCCUUUGCGACUGCGUUUCUGAGGUAAUUGGUAUUUAGGCAGGAGGUGGCUCUCUUCCGCUAGGCGAUCAAAGACUUGGAUCGUCUCCUUGUUUUGCUUGGCUAGGGUGGUAGUAAGAUGGGAGCGCUGCUGGCUGAGGGAUUUCUGUCCGCGAGAGAUUGCGAGUAGCUCGGACAGAUAUGGGGUGAUGAAUCCAGCCAUCUCACCCACUUCACUGGUGUUCUGAGGCUCUUGUGGAAUGUCCUUGUCUUCCGUUUUUGGCGCGAUGUCUGGGAUAGUUGGCCUUGCGAGGGCUUCUAGAAGUGCCUUUCUUUCCCUAAGAUAACGUUCAUAUUUUUCUCUGACUUCAGUGACGGCUUGCUCGAUAGGCACUUCUGAAUCGCGCGGUUUGGAGGGGUUCUCGGGCUGAGCGUCUGAGUCCCCAGCCUUGCCUAAUUCUUCUUCCACCCAACUAAUCAACUCAUUUCUAGUCUUCUCCAACGCCUUUAAAGUCUGAUCGGGCUCCACAGCUUUUAAUGAGCUUUUUCGCCGCAGCUGCUUCUGUUGCUCGGCCUGGAUAUUUGCAAGCAGAUCUUUCUCGGAUUUGAGAAGCAAUUUGGCGCGAAGGACAUCUCUCUCUAAGUCUUGGAUCAGGUCAUCUAGAUUGACUGAAGAAGAUUCCGAGCCACUGCGGGCUGCUGAUUCGAUAGCUUCUGCUGGAAGCUGUGGAAGCGCUUCAAUACUAGCGGCAGGCUGUUCGAGGAACGAUGCAAAAGCAGGGGUUUUGAUUGCUAAGCUAUCAACGUAUUUUUGAAGAAUGUGCAAGCGCUCGAGAUUUUGCUUUUGCUUUUCCAGGGCUAAAUAGGGACCAGGAGAUAUCUCUUCCACUUCCUUCUUCUUGGUGAUUUGUGAUUCAGUGGUUAGUCUGGCGAAUUCUUGGCGGGCUUUGACGUUUGCUUUUAGUGCCCUCAAAUAUUCUUUCCGCAACCCAUGAGCGCCGGACGUAGUUGGGAGUUUGUUUGCUGGUUCGCAGGCCAGCGAAAUAGGGGCAAGCAGCUUGCCAUGUCCUUUAUCAUCCACUUGGGACUUGAGAUGGAGGGCCAGUACACGCCUAAUAUGAGCUACCUCCUGGCGAGUUCUAAUAUACGGAGCAAGGACCUUUUUGGCCUCUUCAAAGGCAGGAUUUGUUGAUGAAGGUUGUUCCAUGCUCGUAAUCGAUAUUAUGAGAGUUUGGUAUUGAGAUGUUUGUUGUUGACAGCACGUGCAGCUGGACGGGAAUACGCGCUAUAGACGCUAACCGCCUCUCAGCCGCCACCCUAACGGGUCUAGGCGAGGCGGCAGAGUACUCUAUCAAUACCGCCGCUAAAUUAUUUGCAGCAUUCGACGCCG